UUGAUUCCAGUUUCUCUAACGUUACCUUCUUGUCUGAUAAAAAUGGCUGAUCCGAGGAAUAGCCUUUUACAUUCUCCACCACAAAGCCUACACACCCAGGAGAGCGGCGAGGGGGGCCUCUCCUCCUACAUGAAGCAUCAAUUCAAUGAUCAUUGCAAUAAACAUGCUUGGGCUGCGGCAGAAAGAGGCAGCUCUGUGAUCCCCAUUCCGAUGGAGAAUCUGGACAUCUGUGAAGAGCUCUGGCACGCUGCUGGUCCAAAGGCCCACCCUGUGGCUGCUGAGGGGGGCCUCACGCAACCCUCCGCUGGAGCUGUGGUCCACAAAAACUACAUUCCACCACAAACGCCGUCAGAAGUGGAAACUUUCAAAGCUUUAGCCACAACAACGGCGAUUGCAGAAGAGCACGUGGAGGGGGAAGGAGAAGACAGCUGCUCCAAGAUGGCCGCCGGUUCAAAAUGCCCCCCACUGGCACCUGGAGGAUGGGGGCGGAAGAGAAAGUACCGUAAACUGCACCUCCUCUGUAUGAUGGCGAUCACGAUUCUUCCGCUCUCUGAGGGCCUUCCAGCAGGAGCUAAUCCUGCAGCAGACCAAGAGCCAAAGUGUUUCACCUGCAAGGACAAAGACAGAUGCCCAAAUCUGACGAAGAUAUUUGAGACCGAUGAGGACGGCCACCUCUACCAGAGAGGCCCCAAUGAAACAUUCCCAGAAUGCUCCGGGGUCUCUCCACCUCUGACCAAGAGCUGCACGGUGUGCGGAGACCAAUCCGGGAUUGUCAUCCUCUGCUCCAAGGACGUCGGGCCGAGGAUCGACGUGGAAGAUGGCGAACAAAUUGACGUCAUUCCUACAGUCUGCAUGUAUCAAAGUAAGGCCGCAAAUGUCUGGGUUGAAUCUGGAAUAACUUUAGUUGAAAAAGACAAAAUUGGAGCUGCAUAUAAGUGAUGUUUUGGCGCUACGUCAAUGAUACUCAACCUUGUGUUAAUUCUCAUUUGGUGAGCAGAUGAUGGCAUAAAAUAACGGUCUAUGUGAAAAGGUGUCCCUGCUCCUCUCCCAUUCUAAUCUAAUUCACAUCAAAACCCUGUCAAGCAAGUCUUGGUCAUCUUUAAAGUUUAUUGCAGUAUUCAGUAGUUCUGGUCAAAAGUCAGUGGCCCUCGGUUUCUCCUUGUACUCAAACCCACACUCUCUCCCACAAACGGAUUGAACAUUAACAAACAGUGGUGCUUUCAUGUCGUUAUCAGUGCCUGGGUCGUACCAACUAGCGGCGGGAGGGGGGGGGGUGGUGGUUUAACGUGGUUUUUUUGGUCAAAUUUCAUCCACACUGAACAAAAAUAUGCUGUCAAAAUAAUAGCGUCGUAUUUUAUAAACUCGCCCUGCUCUCAUAAA